AUGGAUUCUUUUCAGCUAGCUAACAUACUAUGGGGUGAAGGAGGUGAGAGUGAUGAUCAUAUUGUGCCUUAUCCAGCGGUAAGUGAAGAUGUUAGAAAUAAGAAAGAAUUCAAUCAAGAAGCUGCUACGACUAAGCUCCCUGAGCUAAAGAGACUAGAGGCUAAAACUGAUUUUCAUGAAAGAAAGCUUGGAAGCCAUCCUGACCUUGACAAUAGUGUAGAACUACCUGCCUCAGGAUAUGAAACACAUGCCUGGCCUGAUUUGUCUUUAUCCAGUUCAACUAAAAUUGAUCAAGGAUCCCCGGGGACAAAAGUAUCUAAAAAUUCAAGAGAACUUGAUAAAUUUAGUUCAUCAAGAGAUGAAGAAUCUAUACAACAUGAAAAGGAUGCUGAAAUUUUCCAAAAUACUCAAGAAGGUAAAGAGCAAGGUGAUUUUGUUGAUUAUGGAUGGGCCAACAUAGGAAGUUUUGAUGAUCUUGAUCGAAUUUUUAGCAAUGAUGACCCUAUAUUUGGCCAUGUAAGUCUUGAUAAUUCUAAUGAACUUUGGUCCUCCGAAGAUGUGAGUAAUAACAAUCUAGCACCUUUACCAUUAGACACGCCAAAUUCAUCAGGUGCUUUGAGGAAUGGAACUGAUCCUUUGGAAAUCAAAGAAAAGUAUGUUCAAUGUAAUGACAAAUCGUUGGACCUUAGCUUUGAGAAGAUUGGGGAUCUUGCAUCUCAAGUUAUACAAAGUUCAUGCACAGGCACAGCUAGUAGGGGAAAUGACAGGGUUAGAAGUAAGCAUACUGGAAAGGAACAACAAAAAUAUGGCAACAAUGGGUCACUUGGACAAUUCAUGAAAGAAAUAGAAGCUGGAUUAAGUUUAUUGGGACACCUUAGUAGGAAGAGAAUCCUUUAU